AUGGUACAUUCCAGGAAGUAACGCCACACGUCUAAUCUUUGUUGUUCAUUCGCUAAUGUAAAAAGUCGAAAUGAACGUCUCGUAAAGUAAAUCACAACCCGUUUUAAAAGUAGGCCAAAAGCGUUGACUUUCUCAAUGAAGUUGAGAAAGUCUGCCGGCUCUCCCCGUGUUAAUUUAUCUGUUGAUUUGUAUGAUAAUGUCAGAGUGGCUCUGCCUGUGUGUGGCCACCAUCACCAGUCUGUUGCUAGUUGCUGCUUAUAUUUGCCUCUACUCUGGACUCCUCUCAGCCAUUACCGUGGUCGCCGGUUCUCCUCCCAUAAAGAAGAUCCUCUUCGCCUACAAGUACAACGAGGGACCAUACAGAGACUGUGAGAAAAUAUCACGGGAGUCUCUCAGUAUUGGACCAAAGCUGCCGUGUAUUUACGUCUUUUACGAUGAUCCCCAAAAGGUGACCGGACCGCUCUGUCGCUGUGCCGUCGGCAGCGUUCUGAGUGAGGGGGAGACGCCGGCCGACCAGGAGCUCCUGAAACGCUAUGAAACAUCUGGCUUCGGUGUUUUCUCCUUUCCUGAAGUCACACACGUGGUCACUGCUGCUACCUCUCUACCACACACAACGUUUUUCUCGCUUCUCCUGAGAGUGAAGAGAGUAUACCCGAGGCUCCAGCACUACAUCAAGGAACGGCGACUUUGUGCCCACCCGUUUCUUGAGAUCUGCAGGGGGCGCCAUGUCCAGUUCAUGGCCCCCCUGGCUCGGCAGGGAGAUUUCUAUGUCCCCGAAACCCGGCAAGUGGAGAAGAAGCUGUCAGAACCCGAGGAAUCCUACAGUGACACAGAACUUUCAGACUCCAACAGUGAGUACAGCUCUGGGAGCGGAGUUCUCCUGUCAGACAGCCCAGAGUCCUCCCCAGCGCCAUCUUCAGUCCACUCAGAGGACAGGAGGAGCUCUGGGGCAGCCUGUCCUCACGAGCAGGACUGGAAGGAGACUGCUGGACAGUUGGACAGAGACGCUGUCCAGAAGGAGCUGGGAUGGUGGGUGGUUGGAGAGGAGGAGUGAGAGUCCAGUUCAACCGAUCGAUUUUUAUCUAAUUAUUGACUCUCAUCAAAACACCAAACCAACGAUAUCGUCUUCGUCAUUAGAGAAGAAAUGAAUCUAUAAAAAGUAGAUUUUAAAUUACCGUAUUUUCCGGACUAUAAGUCGUUCCGGAGUAUAAGUCGCAAAAGCCAGCUAGAGUGCCCUCUAGUGGCUUUGUAAAUUUUGUACAUUUUUCAGUGGUAGAUGACUUAGCAGACACUGGU